AUGUCCGAAGAAAUGGAACCCCCGAUGCUGCCGGCGACAACAGCACAAUCCAGCAAAAUCAACGCUAUCGACAAGGAGACGGUGCAUCGCAUAUGUUCCGGCCAGGUAGUAUUAAACUUAGCUAUAGCGGUAAAGGAAUUGGUUGAAAACUCGCUGGAUGCCGGAGCCACGCUUAUCGAGGUGAAACUGCGCGCUUGCGGUGCCGAGUUGCUCGAAGUGUCCGACAACGGUAGCGGUGUAGAGGAGAAGAAUUACGAAGGAUUAACGGCCAAAUACCAUACCUCCAAGCUGAAGGAAUUUACCGACCUAGAAUCAAUCGAAACGUUUGGCUUUCGGGGCGAAGCGCUCAGUUCGCUGUGUGCGCUCUCGGAUAUGAUAAUCACGACGCGCCACAGUACGGCUCAACACGCCACCAAGUUAACGCUCAAUCACGAAGGGCGAAUUAAAACCCGUACGCCCUGUGCUCGUCCGAUUGGCACGACGGUCAGUCUGACGAAUCUGUUCGCCACGCUGCCGGUAAGAAAGAAAGAAUUUCAGCGCAACAUCAAAAGAGAGUUUCUCCGCAUGUGUCAGAUACUGCAGGCCUACUGUCUCGUGUCGGUUGGCGUACGCAUCAUCUGCACCAACUACACGGUCAAGGGAGCCAAAUCGGUCAUUAUGAGUACGCAGGGAUCGCUGCAAGUGCUGGACAAUGUUACUGCCCUGUUUGGUACGAAACAAACGGCAGAACUGAUGAAACUCGUACCGUCCAUCGGUAGCAAUGGUAAAAUACAGGACCUAAAUUCGAGUGACUUCGAGGAUAGCCUAUCGUUGACACAGGAGGAAGUGGACAAGUUCAAUCUAUCCCGGUACACGAUCGAUGGAUACAUAUCCAGCUGUGCGCAUGGAUCGGGCCGUAGCAGCAAGGAUCGUCAGUUUUUCUUCAUCAAUUCCAGACCCUGCGAACCGAAGCAGAUCAGCAAGCUAAUCAACGAUGCGUACCAUCGGUACAACGUUCAUCAGCAUCCUUUCGUUUACCUGAAUCUCAUGCUGGACCGGUCGGAGGUGGACGUAAAUUUGACCCCCGACAAACGCCAGGUGCUGGUGAACAACGAAAAGAUCCUAAUGCUAGCGAUAAAGAAAUCGAUCUGGAAAACGUUCGACAGCGUUCCGUCCUCUUUUAAGAUGCAAAAUCACAACCUAAGUGAUACGAGCCGGUUGCUCAACAUAUCGCUUCCAGCCGCAAAAGAACCCGGCGACGAUGAUGACGGUGAGCAAGAAGAUUCUCUCGAUGUAAGUUCAAACACGGACCAAUGCUCGGCGGGUGAAAUGCUCUUCACUUUCCAAGCACCGAAAGCAAAUGCUUCGCACACUGCUGCCGCUGGUGGAGGUAUGAAACGGAAAAGAACCUCCACCGCUAAUGGAGGAUUACAGAAAAUGAUAGAUUUUUUAAACGUCACAAAAGCUACUCAGAAAACCGCCAGCAACAGUGUAACGGAUAGUUCAUUCGAUGAGGAAGAGAUGCGUACGACUAAGCAGGUAAAACGAGAAGAAAACCCUUACGAUUUGACCAUCCUCAGGGAACCGUGCAACUUGAAAGAGGCUGAAAAUGAUGCUAAGGACACGGUUAAAGUCAUACGCUGUACAAACAGCCAGCAGCCGGCUGAUGGUGUUGAAAUCACAACCAAGCCUAACGGGAAUGCACCGGCUGCAUCUUCCUCUCAGGAAUCUGUCACCGAUUUGAUAUCCUUGAUGAGCUGCCAACAGGAAGGUACCGAUUCGGCCGACUCGUUAUCGCAAUCCAGUGCCACAACUACUCCGUCCGAUGGAGUGGAAAUCAAACGAGAAUCUAGCUCCGAAUCGUUGCUUUCCCUCAACCAGUUUGCUGCUCCGAUCAAGCGAGAAUUGAGCGAUACCAGCGUAGCAUCUACAAUUUCCGGCCCAAUGAUCAUCAUUGACGAUGAACUGUCCGAUGGCGAAGAUGAUAUGCGACACCGCAAUUCGCAGCAACUAUCCGUUACCUUGGAAUCCCUAGAACAGCUUAUCGCCCGCGAACAAACGCUUCAAUCCGGCCGAUCCGCUGAUCAAGGUUUACUGACCCGAUUGCGGUUCAAAAGCAAAAUAAACCCCACGAGUAACAAGGCAGCCGAAAGUGAGCUUCAAACAGAGAUAACUAAAACCGAUUUUGCGGCGAUGGAAAUUGUGGGACAGUUCAAUCUCGGCUUCAUCAUCGUACGGCUCGGGGACGAUCUGUUUAUCGUCGAUCAGCACGCCACGGACGAGAAGUACAACUUUGAGGAUCUGCAACGUACGACGGUGCUGCAGAAUCAACGGUUAGUCGUACCGCAACCACUCGAACUGACCGCGGUCAACGAGAUGGUACUGAUCGAUAAUUUGGACAUUUUCGAAAUGAAUGGUUUCAAGUUCGAGGUGGAUGGAGCAGCACCGACAACGCGAAAGGUGCGCCUGAUAGCGAAACCGUACAGCCGCAACUGGGAGUUCGGCAAGGAGGAUAUAGACGAGCUGAUCUUCAUGCUACAGGACGCACCGAACACGGUCUGUCGACCGUCGCGAGUGCGGGCAAUGUUUGCUUCCCGUGCCUGCCGGAAAUCCGUCAUGAUUGGAAGGGCUCUGUCGGGGCGUGAAAUGGAACGGCUCAUCCGGCACAUGGGCGAAAUUGAUCAACCGUGGAACUGUCCACACGGAAGACCAACGAUGCGCCAUCUGGUGAAUCUAGCGAUGAUCAGUGAGAUCGAUAAAAACGCACCCGAUCAAAUCAAACGAGAGAGUCCUGCCGAUGACGAUGUGGAGAACAAUGAGUGUGAAUAA